UCCUCAUCAACUUAAGGUCUCGUAAUUUGUAUUGAUGAUCAGGAAUAAAAAGAUGUUGAUUGAGAAAAAGAUUAUAGUUUAAAUGAGUAGUCUAAGAUAUAACAUUGUGUUUCCGGCAAGGAGUGCAAAAUUUAUUUAAUAUGAUUUUUGAUAAGUAUGUGAUUGCCGCAUUUUGUGUAUAUUUAUUUGUUUUUGUUUGUGAGUCCAAAUAUUCCCCUAGAUACAAUGUGAUGGAACUAACAAAUCAACUUGGAAUGACUGCUGAACCUCACAAUGUUACUACAGAAGAUGGAUACAUCUUAAAGAUAUUUAGAAUAAAAGCAAUAAAUGGGAAGGAACAAGAAAACCGAGAACCAGUGUUACUACAACAUGGCAUGGCUGGCUCCUGCGAACAGUUUCUACAGGCCAAAAACAACUCAUUAUCACUUAUAUUAUUUAACAAUGGUUUCGAUGUAUGGCUAGGAAAUACCAGAGGAAAUUUUUAUUCUAGAAAACAUGUAUCGCUGGAUCCUGACAAAGAUAAGGAAUUUUGGUUUUAUACACUGGAUCAAUUGGGGCAAUAUGAUCAACCUGCCGUUAUAGAUCACAUUUUAAAAAUAACUGGGAAACAACAGCUAUCGUAUAUUGGACAUUCCCAAGGAGGGGGAUCAUUAUUGGCAAUGGCUUCUGGUCGUCCCGAGUAUAACCAAAAAAUUAAAAUAUUCGUGGGAUUAGCUCCUGGUGCGUACAUGAAACAUAAUCGGCAUCCUUUUCUAGUACUUUCGAAAUAUGUACUUGAUCUGGCCAAGGUAAGAAAACUAUGCUAUCUACAUCCAAAAUAUUUGCUUCAGUUUCUUAACCUAUAUGAAUUGGAAGCAGUCUCUAACAGUGAAUUGUUCUCUAAAAUAAUUCAAGGCGUGUGUGGCGAAAAAGUAAACUACAGAAUCAAUUGUCGGCCAAUAAUUAAUUUUGUAUCAAACAGCCUAACUUCUCUUUUUGAUUAUAGCCUAGCUCCUCAGAUUUUUACCACUACGCCAGCAGGAAUGGGCCUUUUUCCAGUUUUACAUUACGCGAAAAUGCAUAUAAGCGGAACAUUUCAAAAAUACGAUUGGGGUCCAGAAAUAAAUUUACAAAAAUAUAAUUCGACAGUUCCUCCAAAAUAUGAUUGGUCUAAGAUCACAUGUCCAACAGUAUUAAUAUACGGUUUAAGUGAUGCACUUGUUAACCAUAAAGACGUCAAAUACAUGGCUAAGAAGUUACCAAAUCUGGUUGAGAUGUAUAAAGUUGCAGAUGAUAGGUUCAACCAUUUAGAUUUCCUCUGGUCCAAAAACAUAACACCGUUAUUACAUGAUAAAGUGUUAAACAUUUUAAAUAAUUACAGAAGUUAACAUAAAA